GGUCGCCCAAGUUGGCGCCUAGUUUUCAUGUCUCCUCCAUCCAAGUUACUUCAUUUCUAGAAGGGAGAUCUCGCAAAGAUGCCUAUCAUACUCUGCGAGCUGACUUCAAGGAUGUUGACUACUAAUCGCGUCGUAUCUUAUCGAUUUGCGAUGGGAUAUCGUAUCCAUCCAUCUUUGACUUUUCGACCCUCAAUCCCUUAUCUCUUGUUUUCUUUCCAUGGAGCAAGAGCAUGAACAUUACGACAAGCACGAACGGCAUUGUAUUAUCAAGCUCAAAAUUUCCUAAAUUACUGUAUUACUAGCAGAUGAGCUCGUCCUUCGUUCUUCGGAUGCCUGUCCGCAGUGCAACAUCUGCACUGUAUCACUGAUGUUCCUCUGCAACAGAUCUCGGAGGGAAAACCCAUCAUUUUCCCCUCGCGUUUCCCUGCCACUCGUCAGAGAUUUGGGUAUUUUCCAUCCGAGAUCCUUCUUCUCGCUUUAUAUCCAAGUUCCUCUUACAAUUCGAUUCUGUUGUAUCUUUCCUCUAUCCAUCCCAUAGGUUCGUGCGUCUAUCAUGACUUUUCUAAAGUGGUUUCCUUCCCGUCACACUUGAUGCCGUCUCUUCUAUGCUUCCGACCUAGUUGCCCUUCUCUCCCUUUUCCAUUCCCCUAUUUGUUAAUCUGUUGGAGUUGUUCACUGGUGUGUGGGUCACUCGAAAUUGUUUUUCCUUGACGAGUCGAGUGUAUACCCACCGCCACUGGUUUUAGUUUAUUUGGAUUGGAA